AUUCUGAAUUUCUUCUGUCAAUAAGGAUAUCCUAAUAAAAUUAUUCACCAGUGUGCAACCGACCAUUAAAAUAUUUCAAUAGGUGUAGGUCAUGAUUGCCAAUAACUUCCCAAGUGGUGUUGUAAUUGCUGGGUUGAAAUUUCGGUAUCUUGCACCUGAUAGUUUUUGUUGUAAGCAUUGUUCUAUAGGUAUAAAUUGACCAGGUUAUUUGAAUUUUGUAUCAAUCAUAGCAGAUAUCUCCUAGAUACCUCUACAUCAUGUUCAAACUCGCUGUUUCCAUUUGCAUCAUCUCAGCAGCUGUUCUCGCUCAUGAGGAACAUCAUGCACCCGCCCAUUAUAAAUUCGACUAUGGUGUUCAUGAUCCUCAUACACAUGACGUCAAAUCCCAGUGGGAACAUAGAGAUGGAGAUCAUGUGAAAGGAGCGUAUACUUUAAAAGAAGCUGAUGGUACCACUAGAUUGGUGGAGUAUACCGCUGAUCCACAUUCUGGAUUCAACGCUGUUGUGAAAAGAAUAGGACAUGCUCAUCAUCCAGCUCAUUACGGCCACCAUGGCGGUGCUCAUCAUGGAGGACAUGGGGGAAAUAGUUUCGUUGGUGUUACACACUGGGGAUUUAAACACUAAAAAGAUAUGAUUUUGUAAUUUUGUUGAUCUGU